AUGGUGACAGGAGGAGCCGCUACAGCCAGCGGCGAGGACAAGAGCAACGGGGGCAAGAUCCCCGUACCCGUCUUCGAUGGCACGAGCAAGACCAUGAAGAAGUACCGCCGAGAGGUCGCCACCUGGCAGAUCGGCACCGAGGUCAAGCCGCCCAAGAAGGGAGCGACCUUGCUGGCCAGCCUCAAGGACAAGGCCGAGGAGGCGCACGAGGAGCUCGACCUGGACGCCAUCAAGGGUGACGACUCGGUGGAGGUGUUCCUGGAGUACCUCGGGAGGCGCUUUCCCGAAAUCGAAGUGCUGGAGACCCCAGCGCUGCUGGAGACCUUCGUGCGCCCUGCCUGCGUCCGGCACAGGUACGAGGAGAUCCGCGACUACAACAACCGCUUCAAUGGGAUCGCCACCAAGCUGAAGGCCAAGGGCAUCCAAGUGCCCGACGAGGUCUUGGCGGAUCUGUACAUCAAGGGGGCUCGCCUGCCCCCGGAGCGCGCGGCGAGCGUGCUCAACGGUGUGGGCAACCAGUUCAACCCCACCAAGAUCCAGGGGCAGUUGAUGAUCAACUUGCCCAAGGUAUCGGUCGUGGACGGCAACAAGGACAGCCACGACAAAGGAGGCUACGGAGGUCACAAGAACAAGGACCACAAGCGGGCGUACGCCACGGAGACCUACGAGGAGGAUCGUAGGGCCGAGCUCGACGGCGCGUCCUCAGACAGCUCCGACGACUACGAGGACGAGCUGCCCGACGAGCUGCAGGACGUGAUCGACGAGGCGGAGGGGCAGGUAGCGUUCUUCACCAAGAGGAUGGUGCGCGCCAAGGAUAAGCUGAAGGAGGCGAAGCAGGCGCGUGGCUACUUCGCCAAGCGCGACGGCGGCAACCCGCCGAAGAGAGACGAUCCCAAGAUCGCCAAGAUGAAGGCCAGGACACACUGCGGCGCAUGCGGCCAGAAGGGCCAUUGGCGCGGUGACCCGCAGUGCUCGAAGAAGAACGACCCUAACGCCAAGGCCGACAUCCCGAAGAAGAGAAGCAACAGGACGAACAUCGCCACGCACGAGACCAGCGACGCGCAGGAGCCUCACGUGGCGGAGAUGACGGUCGCGGCGGUCUACCAGCAGGAUCAGCGGGCCGCGGCUCGCGACAGGAAGUACGGUGCGCUGCGCAGCAUCGAUUGGGCGCAGAUCCGCCAGGCCGCCGAGCUACCCGAAGAAGUUACGGCGGUGGCGUUCUUCACCAAUAAGGACCACCAGUGCCUGAUGGCCGCGACGAGCUCGGCGCUGAUCUACCUCAGCGUCGAGGACCUGCUGAAGGAGUCGGGGGGCAAGCUGACCUUCGACGCGGCCUGCAUUCGGUGCGUCGGCGGCCUCGACUGGUACAGCGACAUCAAGAAGAGGCUGGCCGCCUUCAACAUCCAGCCCAUCGAGUACCCCGAGAAGGAGCCGUUCCGGUUCGGGGCGUCGAAGGUGGCGUUCAGCCUCGAGGCGGCGCUGAUCCCCUGUUCGGUGAACGGCAAGGCCUUCACCGUCCGCAUGAGCAUCGUGCGCAGCGCCGUGCCAGGGCUGCUCAGCCGCAAGGCCCAGAGCGAGCUGGACAUAGUCUACCACGCCGGAGACAGCAAGCUGGACAUCAAGUCGAUCGACGAGCACGACAUCCAGAUGGGCCUGAGCCGCGCCGGACACCCGACGCUGGACAUCACAGGCUUCACGCCGAACUAUAAGCCCGUUUUGGACGUCUCGGAUACAAAGGCCGAGAUUCGUCUUCAUCCUUGCGCUUCUUACCAUGCUGAGACAGCUGUGGCCAGCGCCGCCAAGCUGGUGGUGCCCGAGGCUCGCCAGCCAGGAGUUGCCUCGGAGGCCGACGAGUCUCCGUCGGAUACUGACUGCAAUGCGCUCGAUAGCGCCGAACUGUUCGAGCAGCAGGUGCGCCAGGAGACGAGCCCGGGGGGCAGCGGCCAGAACAUGCCGACGACGAAUAUUGCCCGUCUUCCGGCGAUAUCCAGCAUGCGGAUGCUGGAGCUGCAGGCCGAGGUGGCAAGCUACGACUUGGAUGUGCGCGACGCCACGUGCGACCAGCUCCGGGUGAUCUUGCGUGCGCUGAGGGCCGAGGGCCGCGAGAGCACGCCGCAGGACGACUACAUCCCGGGGCGCGGCAAGAAUAACAAGGAGGAGCUCCAGCAGCUGCGUCGGGACCGCCAGAUCGAGUUCGACCAGCGCGCGCCCGUGCCGGAGCUCAGGCAGCGCCUCAAUGGCUGGAAGGUCGAGAACGCGGUCAGCAGUGCCGCGGCGACGGUGGCUCAUCCGAGCUCACAGAUCACCGGGGCCGACAAGAUGCGCUUUGGCAAGUACCCCACGGCGGACUACCGCCGGGUGCUCAGGAACGACCUGGGCUACGCGCAGUGGGCGGUCCUGGAGCUCAACAACAGUCGGGCAAGCCCACUCCUGGCGCGGUUUGCCAGGCGGGUAAAGGCGCACGGAGUGCAGCCCCUUCCCCCGGAGAAGGCCAAGACCACCUUGGAGGCAGUGAUGGCCGAGGAAGUGGUGCUGGACGACGAAUGGGUGGCGCCAGCGGCUACGACUACGAGGGCCUCAGGAAGCCAGGGGAGCUGGGCCGGGCAUCGGCGCCGGCGACCUCCGGAGCCGCACGAGAUGGACACCAGCGACAUGGGCUUCGAGAAGGCGGGCGAGACCGACAAGGACGGGUCGCCAGCCCCGAGGCGGCGGUCAGGCAUCAAGAAGGGCAAGCGCGUCGGCCUCCUCUACCAGGUCACGGGCUUGCUGAGCGCCUUCGCCUUUCAGACGGUGCUCACCGCGGACUGGCUGGCUAGACCACUCAAGCCCGUGGUGCAGCAUGCUACCAGUGCUGCGCGAGACGUGGUCGACCACGUCCAGGACGUCAAGGAGGCCUACAGCGUUCGCAGCCACCGCGUGGACGUCAUGCAAGUGUUCGGAGGCGAAGGCGGCAUCGCCGAGGCGGCGUGGAAGCGCCGGAUGACGGCCACAGAAGUGAUCGACCGCAAUCACGGAUGGGACUUACGCAAGCAGAAGGACCUCGACGCGACGUACGACCUGUACUACGCCUCAAGGCCGAAGUUCGUGUCAAUCGAGCUACCCUGCACCCACUACACGAACAUCACGCACCUCAACUUUCGGACGCCGCAGCUCGACUCUGGCGACGUGGCCAUGAUCGAGAACCCGGCCACCAGCCGGCUCUGGACACAGCGCGCGAUUUUGGAGCUGCUGGCAGACGAGCGCGUGUACCAGGUGAGGUGCGACAUGUGCGAGUACGGAGCUCGACGCUACAAGACGGGGGGGCUCAUCAAGCACCCCGCGAAGCUGCUCGUUACCCACAAGGAGUUCGAGCAGCUGAAGCGCACCUGCAGCCGCAAGCACCACGACCAGACCUUUGGGGACAACGUGGCGGUGCGCAAGUCUGGCGUUUAUCCCGCUAAGUUCUGCAGAGCAGUGGUGCGCAUUGUGGAGCAGGUGAUUCGCCAGCAAGGAGGGCAUCGCGCCUACCAGGUGGACUGCCAGUCGCACUCGUCGCCCUUCAUCGUGACAGUGCCCAGGGAGCAGGCCACCGCCUACGUAAACGACACCGCGCCCCUGGGAGAGACGGGCGAGCCUGAUGGGGGCCCAGACCCCAUGGGCGGCGGAGACGACUUCGCCGACACUCACGACGUGCGGGCCGAAGAUACUGUGGACGGCAGGAUCGGGGUCGGCGCGAUUACUUUCACAAAGAAAGCAGCAGCCUGCUGCAAGCCAGCCGAGCGGGCCAUGCUCAAGAGACUUCAUGUCAACUUGGGCCAUCCGUCUAAUGAAGAUUUGGGCCGCAGCUUGCGACUCAAAGGCGCUAAGUCGGCCACCGUCCAGGCCGUCAAGGGGCUGAUCUGCGGGGUGUGCCGCUCGCAGCAGCGCCCGAGCGCGAGGAGACCAGCGCACCUCCACUUCGUGCAAGAUUUUGGAGCCGACGUCGGCUUCGACUGCUUCGAGCUCAAGGACGUCGACGGCAAGAGCUACAGGUACUUCAGCAUCGUCGACCUGGCCACCACCUUCCAUGUCGCGACGCUGAUCGAUCGCCACACCAGCCGAGAGUUCGCUGCCGCGUUCGAGAGGUGUUGGGCCUCCUGGGCGGGCGUACCCGACCGAGUUCACUUCGACAUGGAGAAGGGAUUCGGCGGCGCCCUCAGCGAGCUGUUCCAGUCAUUCAACACGGUGCAGCUGCCCAUCGCUGGCCAGGCACAUUGGCAGCUCGGUCGCGUGGAACGCCAGGGAGCUUGCUGGAAGGAGCUCGCGGCGAGGACGUUCGAGCACUCGUCGAUCAGGGGCGAGGACGAGAUGCGGACGCUGGCCACCAUGGUAUCGGGCGCGAAGAACUCGCUGAGAAGGCGAGCAGGCUUCAGCCCCGCGCAGUGGGUGCUGGGACGCGACCCCAAGAUGCCUGGAGACUUAGUCGACGACACGGCCAAUUACAGCGCCCACAGCCUCGCGGCCAACGACGAGAAGAUUCGCCGCCGAUAUGCCAUUCGGACGGCGGCGCGCGAGUCGUUCAUGAGGAUGCAGAACGACGACCAGCUCCGGCGAGCUAUGCUGGCUCGCGCGCGCACGGUGGCGACGCCCUUGUCAGUGGGCGAGAUGUGCUACGUCUUUCGCCAGGUCAAGAAGAAGGAGCAGCGGGAGCAGCACAACCGCAACGCCAAGAAGGGCAUCUGGCGAAGGCCGCGCGUAGUCAUCGGCCACCAAGGCGAGAACACCUGGGUCUCGCUAGGAGGGCGCACCAUGCUGGUGGCCCCGGAGCACAUCAAGGCACUCGCUCCGGACGACGUCUGGUUCCCCAACGGCAGGGACGAGAUCGGUCAGGCCGUGGCCGAGCUCGACCGGGCUCGCGACUCGCUCGAACAGGAAGAGGCCCAGGUGGAGGACAUCCGCCCGGCGCCUGGCGAGCCCGAGGUCAAGCCAGACGAGAUGGAGCAGGCGUGGCGGGAAUUCAUCGACAACCCGGACGACAGCGACCUCAGGCUGAACGUCUCCGAGGAUCCGCCCCAGCAGGAGCAGAUCCAGGUGCUGCCCGCCGACGUGCCGCAACAAGCUGAAGAAGGGCGAACCUACGGCCCUGACGAGUUCCGACGACGUCGAGCUACCUUCGACAGAGGGGACAGCGGCGACUUCGGCCCGGCCUUCAAGCGACUCCAGACCGAGAGGGAGCACGCAGGCUCUGGUGCCCUGCCCGCAAGGGCAACUUCGCGGGACCGCGCGGCGGCGCCCGAUCAGGAGGCAGCGGCCGGGCCCGAAGCAGGAGGAGCCCGCCAACGUUCGAGGUCGGCUCCAAGACAAGUACUGCAAACCUCCAUCGUGACCGAGAGGAUCAAGCGCAAGCAGGCCGACAAGGAGAUCACUUGGAGGGCCAUCAAGGACUCUGAUCGGGAGCUCUUCAGGGAGGCGGCCGCCAAGCAGUGGAGCGAGUGGCAGAAGUAUGGCUCUUGUCAGGUACUCUCCAUCGAAGAGUCCGAGGCGAUCAGGGGCAUGAUCAAGCCCAGCCUCAUCCUGCCCAGCCGGUUCGUGUACCGGGACAAGAACGCACCGCUGCGGACCGACAAGCAUCCGCUGCCGGUCAAGGCAAAGGCCCGACUCUGCGUCGGGGGUCACAUGGACCCGCGCCUCGCUCAGGGCGACCUGCGGACGGACGCGCCCACGGUCACCCGCAACUCGACCAUGCUGUUCUUCACCAUCUGCCAGAGGUUCGACCUGGAGAUCUACGCGGCGGACGUGGAGGCGGCUUUCAUGCAAGGCGACGAGCAGCCCGACCAGCAGCUGCACAUGGCCCAGCCUCGCGAAGGUUUGCCUGGGCUGAACCCGAAGCAGCUGAUCAAAAUCCUCAAGGGAGUUUUCGGGCUGGCCACGGCACCGAGACAAUGGUGGGCGAAGCUCAAGAGGACACUGCUGGCGGUGGAGGAGAAGCUGAGCGACAACUACAUGUUUCGCCUACACCAGCACUCGCUAGACCCAGCGCUGUACUACGGCUACGACCAGCACGGUGAGCUCUGUGCGGUGGUGGUCGCCCACGUGGACGACUUGCUGCUGGGGAUCUCGCACAAGUACCCGGGCCUCUACGACGGGCUUCAGAAGCUUUUGCCCUGGGGCGACUGGCGAGGCUUGCCUUUUACCUUUUGCGGCAAGCAGGCCUGGCGAGAUCAAGAGGAAGUACUACAUCUACGACAGACCGAGUACGCGAACACCAUCGAGGAGAUUCCGCUCAGCAAGGAGCGCAAGACGGACCUGUCGUCAGAUGCUACGCCAGCCGAGUUCUGGACAACCGCUCCGCACUCGGACUUGCUCGAGACGAACAGGCUCAUCAAGUUGGCGCGGAAGCACGCGGACGUGGGUUUGGAGUUCCCUAAGUUACGUGGACCUCUGUGCCUGGUGACGUACCACGACGCCAGUUGGGCCAACGAUGACGAGCCAGCUGAAGGCGCCAUCUCCAAGUUGCUCGCCAAGACCGCGGGGGCAACCAGUAAGGACAAGAAGAUCAAGAUUCGCUCGCAGGCUGGCUACGUGAGUUUUCUCGCAGAAGCCAAGCUACUACGCGGAGAUCGAGCUCGAGCAGGACUUGUUGAUUGGAGAUCGGGCACCAUCAAGAGAGUUUGCAGAUCUACGUUGGCAGCCGAAACGAUGUCGGCAGUAGACGCUCUAGGCUGUGCUCAGAUUGCACGCUGUGUUUUCGCUUCGCUAGAGAUUCCGGAUGCCCAUCCAGAGGACAUCCCGCCGAGUCUGUUGCCGCUCGCUCAUUUCACAGAUUGCGCCAGCUUGUGCGAUACGAUGCAUAAAGACGAUUAUUCCAAGCUCCCGUCAGAGCGGCGCCUUUUGCUCGACCUAGUGGGCCUCAAGCAGUCACUAGAAGAGGAAGUUAGCAACGAGUUUGUCGCUGACGAUCAGCGCAGCCAACUACCCCUCUUUUGGGUUCCGACUGAUCAGCAGCUCGGUGAUCAGUUCACCAAGCGAUCGGACGGCAGUGCCAUCAGGGCAGUGCUGCGAGACACACGUCUCGCUUUGCAGCAUCAAGAGCCGACGGACCAGGCCAGAGAGCACGAGGCACACCUGACCAGUGCCGGCUCACUUUUCAAGCGCGCAGUGCGCCUGGUUUCAUUUUAG